AUGGCGACGAGUUCUGCAGCCGUUACGGCUACAAAUGGACCCAAGUUAAAAGUUUUACCCUUCGAUCCUCACGGAGAUCGGUUAGACCUGGGGAAACGAUGGGAAAAGUGGUUCGAACGGUUUGAGAGAGACCUCAAGUAUAACGGAUGUGAUCCUAGUAAAACACCAGGAAUAGCCAAAAUGGCGCUGUUAAUAUACGCAGGCACCGAGGUGGAAGACCUGCACGACACUCUGCCAGAACCAGGCAGACCAGAAGGCACAGAGGAGGAAAAUUGGACCGCGUAUGAGCAAUCUAAAACCAAAUUGAAAAUACAUUUUUUACCAAAACAGUGA